UCCCAAAAAAUAAAUAAAUCAAAAAUGUUCUAAAGAUUAGUUAGGCUAAAAAAAAAAAAAUCAGUCCAGACUGUCAGUCUGUACACAAACCAAACAAGCAUUUUGCGGGAAUUGUGCACAAAUUUGAAUUCAUUCAUCCAUUAAAAAAUGCUGAAAGCACACAUAGGUAUCUGUUUAUUUUCAGAAAGAAAAUAGGAAGCGAUUCAUUUUUCAGUCCAGUACUGUUAAAAAAUAUUUCCACCAAACAAGGAAAAAAUUUGGUGGAAGGAAACAUUCUGUCGGAUAACAAUAACAGCUUCCAGUGAAUGAAUGAAUAAAUCUUUGUUUAAAAAUGCAUGGCUUAACCCAUUUCACGUUGCUGAUAUUCAGUCUGCAAACUGCUAUUGUUAUUGCCAGUGCCAUCACAGGUGGUUCUGGUUGUCCUCUUGAAUUUAACCACUUCAAUUUUACAGAAGCUGUUUCUGCAUGUUCUGAGCAAGACAGAGGAAGAUGCUGUCGCUAUUUGAAUGCUUUAGUUGGAAUUUCUAUAGCUCAAUAUGCGAAUAGGACAGGUCAGUUGGGAGUUCCUUCAGAAUCUUCUGAGACUUGCAUAAGUUCUAUAUCUGAUGCCUUUAAGGUCAGUGGGCUUUCAUCAAAUGCAACAGCAUUAUGUGGCUUAGGCACAAGGAUCCCUGUGAAUUUUCAAUGUGCGAACCUUACAACUAUUCAAGAGAUGGAGCAGACCUCAAAGUUCAAAGAAGUAUCACUCAAUUGCAUGAAUUCUGUUUCAUCACUUAGCACUUGUAGGAAGUGUUUGAAUGCAACUACAGUAUUUCUUCACCGCCUGGUUGGUGCAGAAGAUCACAUGGCUUUGAGCACAUGUAGGGAUGCUACCUUUGUUGCCAUUGCAAGCUACGGUGAUUCAGAGUUUACAAUCGACAGGGCAAGCUGUUUUUUUGGUCUUUCAGGUCUUCAUGUUAUACCAGAUGCAUCAUCAUUUUCCAAGCCACCAUCGGAGGCAUUUUUCCCCAAAAUAUCUUCCACACCAGUCUUCUCUCCAGCGUAUGCACCUCUCGGUGUAUCUUCCCUCGGGAAGAGUCACUCCACCUAUCAUUUGACAUUGAUUCCAAGAGUUGGACUCGGAAUUACAGGAGUGGCCUGUACACUCUUAAUUUUCCUGAUACUUCUUAUUUGUAGAAAAAGAAAAGAGUUGGAGAAUUCUGGAAAGCCUACCAUAUUCAUGUUGAAUAAGAUAUCAAGCUCACAGCCCCGCUGGAAACUGCACAAAUGGAGAAGAGGUCCAUCAGCGAUGUUCAGACGAUUUAGCAACAAAGAGAUCCAAAAGGCUACAAAUGAUUUCUUUACCAUUAUUGGCAAGGGAGGAUUUGGAACCGUAUAUAAAGCUCAAUUUGAAAAUGGGUUUGUUGCUGCAGUAAAGCGAAUGAACAAAAUCUCUGAACAAGGGGAGGAAGAAUUUUGUAAGGAGAUGGAACUUUUGGGACGGUUGCAUCAUCGUCAUCUUGUUACACUCAAGGGAUUUUGUGCGGAGCAACAAGAGAGGUUCCUUGUGUAUGAAUACAUGGAAAAUGGGAGUUUGAAAAACCAUCUUCAUGCAGAUUCCUCAAAACCCUCUUUGAGUUGGCAGACCAGGAUUCAGAUUGCUGUAGAUGUAGCCACUGCUUUGGAAUAUCUUCAUUUUUAUUGUGAUCCCCCUUUAUGCCAUAGAGACAUCAAAUCUAGCAACAUUUUAUUGGAUGAAAACUUUGUUGCAAAGGUGGCAGAUUUUGGUCUUGCCCAUGCUGCACCAAGUGGAGCAAAUAAUUUUGAGCCAAUCAAUACUGAUGUCCGUGGAACUCCUGGGUACAUGGACCCUGAGUAUGUGAUUACUCAGGAGCUGACAGAGAAGAGUGAUAUCUACAGUUAUGGAGUGUUGCUUCUGGAGCUUAUCACUGCUAGGAGAGCAGUACAUGAAAGAAAGAACCUUGUAGAAUGGGCCCAGACAUACAUUGCUACAUGUUCUAGAUUGCCUGAAAUUGUAGAUCCUAAUUUGGCUGAUAACUACAACUUUGAAGAGCUUCAGAGCCUUGUCAGUGUUGUAAAAUUGUGUACCCAGAGAGAAGGCAAAGCAAGACCUUCCAUAAAGCAAGUUCUGAGACUUCUAUAUGACAAAUUGGACACAGCCAGUUGUAAUCUCAUGAUUGCUGCUCGAAGUGAAGAUUUCACAAACAAGGGAAAUACACAAAGAGUGAGAUCUGCAAAUGGAAUCGACCUUAGUGGUGAUUUAAGGUGCUUGCAAUCUUCUCCCAGCACCUCUAGGUCUUAUUGCAGCAGAAGCUUUCUUCUUGAAUCAGGUUCACCACGUUCUCCUAUUUCUGCUCCUGUUUCUGCAUAAGACUGCAACUAAGCAGAAUAAGAUCUCCAGAUAUUGAUGCAAGUCAACAUUCUUGAGGUAGCCAUGGUCAACUCCCCAACAUUGUGCCACACACUUUAUCGUUGUUGCAAUUGUCAAAUUUUCACAAUUUUGAUAAAACUGUCCUGAUGAAAUGUGUUCUAAGUUCUAACGAAUAUGAAACCUGAAUUCAUUUUUGGAUUUGCAAUUUUGACUUGGCUUCUUGUUCAAGCAAGCCUGUCAUUGAAACUAAACAAGAUUUAGCUAAAACUUUGACUAGUUCAAAGUCUACAUAUCUCAAUGACUUUGUCUAAAAUUCAUGAGUUUCAGAAAGCUCAUGAGGAGAGAAUGUCAUUUCCCAAUCAAUGGAUCUCCGUUCACAAAAUGUUUUAUCUUUGUUUCAAGCUAUGGUACACUGUUCAUGGAGUUUGGACACUACACAUUUGAGUCCCGGAGCUUUUGUACCAUAGGCUAUGUGAAACUCAAGUGGAAGCCUAUUAGAAUUUUGAUAUGUAUCUGACUAUUUAGAAUUUAGUUGUACAUAGUCUUUUGUCUACUUUAAUGUUUCUAAAGUGAGUUUUUCACAGAAUGAAAAUUCCAAAAUGUUUUUGUGA